CAGCAAUGGUCACAUUUCGUUUACUCCUGCAUGUUCUUUUAUUUUGCUUUGCACUAUGUGAAGAUCCACUUGACUUUCUUAAUGAAAAGCAAAAAAGAAAUCUUGGAGAAACCGAGCUGUCUAACUUACCUGAAAGUGUCCAACGCGUUUUACGCGAAGUGAUUCUCCAUGGAAAUGCUACGGCGCAUUGGUGUUGCAACGUAGCCACUACCAAAACUAUCAUUGAAACCCACUCCCAGCUCAUGUACGUUUCAAAGAUCAGGGACCGUGUAACGUAUACCAGCUGUGGAUUUCUCUGGCUCAGCAGUUGUUCCAGACAUCAUUAUUACUACAUUUCAUCACCUAUGUAUAAACCAACAUACAGGAGUAAGACGAUUAAGACGUCAUGUCCUGAUGCGAACCUUGUAUGCUGCAAGGGCUACGCUCUAGUGGCCAAUCACUGCUUACCGCUUUCUGAAAUUCCUGCAAUUAAAGACGAUCUGAUCAAUCUUCAUAAUGCUGGUGUACUGGGUUAG